GGAAACUCCAUGUGACGGGAAGGACAGCUCUAUUAAUAACCUCUGAGUGCCAGGACCCAGUGUGACAGACACAAGGACAGAUGGACAGCAGAGGGGAAAUGUCCUUUAGGAAAACAGAAUGAGGAUUUUAAAAUUCUCUGCAGCAGAUUAAAGCAUAUGUGAAGCAUCCCAAUGGAUGAUUUUGAUCACAGCAUUCACAUUGCCGAGAACGACUGGAGCAGCUUCUACGAUGAGAGUGAGGAAUGUGAUCUGCUGCAGCCUUCCCUUGCCUGCCUCGAUGACUCCGAACUCAGCGAUUCAGCCGAUCCUGACCAACAAGAGACUAAGAGGAGCCCUGAUGCAAACAGCUGUAUCAAACUAUCAGAGCAGCUAAAUCAAAGUGGUACCCAAGGAUCAGAGGUUGAUGCUGCCACAGGCCCUAAACUAGGGGGAAUAUGCGGCGGCUGUCCUGGAAAAAACGUCAAGGAGGUGGUGCACGAAAAGACUGAGCGAGAAACAGUCGAGGAGGCGAUUGACAAUGAUGUAAACUCGUUGCAAAAAGAAUCAAAAACUGAUCACAGCUCAGAGGAGACAGAAAUACUGACAGAAGAUGUAGGUGUGCAAACGGCGAGCGACCUCAGAUCCACCGAGAAGCCUGACCGAGCAGGGCUGAGUGCAGAGAAGGAGCGCUGGUUCGUGACCGUGAAUGAGAGUCCGGCGCGGCGGCGAGGGCGUCCUACCUCUGUGAAAAAAAAACGCAAACAAAAAAAAGCCCGUAAGGGAGGACUCACUGGCGUCGUCGGGAGGCUGGAGAGCUCGGACGGCGGGAAACCUAAUGGUACGCAAGAAUCUGAGCAAAGAAGAGAAACACAAUCAAAUCAAAGUAUAGGUUUAGAAAAAUACCCAAGUGAUGGAAUGAAGGCUAACUCGGUUAAAUCUCUCAAUCAAGUGCUUGAAGAUGAUGCUGCUGAAGCAGUGCAGGAAGCUCAGCAUCCUCUUCAAGACCGCCUCACUGAAAACAUCCAAUUCCAGUGCUCGUCAUCCCUGGCCUGUGACGAUAUGACCGAGAACACUGGAACGGACCGAGCCCACGGCGCACAGAUGUCUCCUCAGUCUGAGACGGCCGCAAGCUGUGAACGUUACAAAGUCGCCACUGCUGAGCCGUCCGUCACGUCUCCAUCGUGCCAAAAAGCUGCAGUCAUGCCAGACGACAGCUCCACACGCCCAGAAACACCUGAGCCCCUAACGGUUACAAACAGGGGCUCAGCAUCUGCUCGCUCGCCGGAAGAUGAGCAUAGUCACAUCCCUGCUUGCUCCGUGGCCGACAGCCUCAAAACAUAUGCCAAAACUGUGGGAAAAACCAAACCUGUUUAUGCCAUUUCUCCUUUCUGGGAUGAAAUGGAAAAACUGACAAUAGAUGACAUUUUGCAUGUCAGGAAGAAAAGCUGCUUGCCUUCCAAGUCAGUACAAGAAAAACCAAUGCCAAAUACAGCAAAUCGCUUCUUUGACUGUAAUCAGUCUGACAGCAGCCUGAUGAAUGUGUCUGACACUGCAGACUCAGACUACUUCACACAGCCUGAUGAAUUUAAAUCAGACUGCUGCGGACAGCUUCUGACCUCAGAUUUUGAGGAAGAAUGCUCACAUGUUGUUGAUGCCAGCAGGAACCCAAGUACCAGUCCUCAUCGCAAAAACAAGCAAAGUCCUUCCUCUUACUUAUUAUGUGAGGAUGACUCAGAAGGGAAGGAGACACCGGUCCCUUUAGAAUACAUUGUAGAACAUCAUUUAGACAAUCAGGAGACUCAGACUUUGACCUUGUGGCCAAGACAAAAGUACAAUGUGCAGACUUUCAAAACAGAGGAUUUGUCUUUGCUGCCUUUACUCAAUCAUUACAUGAGUGGACUGUCACUCAGCAGGCAUCUGUGUCUGGAGGAAGACACAGGUUUGAAACCAAACUGCAGCCUUGUAGCCGUCAACCCCACAUCUUUUUUAUCCCACACAGACUUACUGGAUGCACAGGAUCAGGUAUCUUUCCCUGAGAUCGUUGAAUACUUUUCCACAGAGUCUGAAGCCAACACCGAGUCAGGGAGCUUCAUUGUUUACAAUCCAGAAAUGUUUGCGGCUCCGGACUUUAACUCCACACUCUGUGAAUUUAAAGACACACCAUCCUUUUCUCCCCAAACCAGCCUGGAGCAACCCAUCCCUAUUUUCUCUUGCUCUUAUCCUACUAUCAGAGAUCUCACAUUCCCUAAACAGCACCGUGUGUUUCUGACAGCCAACUGUGAGAGAGAGGGCGAAAUGUCUCCGUUUAGACUUGUGUCUCGAUCCUUUAUCUGGGCUGAUCUGCCUGCAUCCUCAGCAGCAGCAGCUGUGAGUGGAUCUCACUGUUGGAAAAGUUUGGCAUCAGUAAGGAAAAUCUACUUCCCUGUCAAAGGCAGCUUCUGCUGCAGAGGGUCCGGCGCCUGGAUGUUUCCAGCUGAAAGCGAAGAGAUUCACGUCAGAAGAUGGAAUCCUACAGUGAGAGCGCUGAGCGAGGGAAAGCUCAGCCCAGAUUCUUCUCAGGUCUUCAGAGAGCUGGAAGAGCAACAGGAAACUAUCUGGAGUAAGAGACAUGGCAUGUUCUCCACAGUGAAGCAGUCAGACAUGUGCUUAGUCUGCAUCGCUUUUGCCUCCUGGGUGCUCAGAUCCUCUGAUCCAGAGGCUGCAGAUGCCUGGAAAGCAACCCUACUAGCCAAUGUGAGCGCCCUAUCAGCCAUCCAGUACCUGCGUAAGUACAUGAAGAGGGGGAGUCCUAGACAAGAUGAGAUCUGACACGAGCAGAGAAGAAAAUUCCAAUUAUUUUCACCUGGGUCCAUACAAAGACAUAUGAUUUAUGUUUGGCUAAAUAUCUACCAUUAGUUUGACAAUCGUUUUUGAGGCUGGACUAGUUAUGCUGAAGUAUGUGUGGGAACCAUCCAGUUGCAUCCCAUAGGAUUAACAUUUGUUAAAUACUUGUUGAACCGUGAAAUUUGUAUUAGUUUAAGAUUACAGUAAAUAAGAUUAAAUAUAAACAGGUGCUCAAGAUUUAAGUUCCCAAUUCGAAUAAAGUUAAAAAAGGUAGAAAUAGUAUAGUAUAAUCGUUACAACUUCUACCAUCAGGUUUGUCUUUUGUAGCUUGGAUUUACUAUUUUUAAAAACUUUUCUCAUUAAACAUAUUGGUAAAUGGACCAUAAUGUAAAAACACAAUUGCUGUUUUUUUAUAUUGUAUACUAUGUUGAGGUUGAAAUAUGGCUUUAUAAAGCUGCAAUCAUAUCAAGUCUGUUUUAUGUAAGGCUGUAUAACAAAGGUCUCUGAAAUGCGAUAAGUGCAACAAGGAAAGAUGUGAUGAUAAAAGUUAUAAUAACAAUAUGGUAUUCUUAUUACUGUCUUGUAUUUAACUGAGAGUCAUAGUCCUUGUGCUGGAAGUGUUUGUAUAAAAUAGUGUACAUUCAAAGUUUUUGUUUGAAUUUAUUGUAAGGAAAAUAUUAGCUCAGGAUCAUCUUUAUGCAAAAAUAACCUUGGACUGAACAAAAUUAGCCCCACUGAGCAGCAAACUGAGGGGCGUGGCAAGACGUCUGUCAAUCAUUCUGUACCAAGAAAAUCAUCAAGUGAAGGCAGUUGUGAAAAGUUAGCCCUUUGGAAAGACUGGCACUUUCUCCAGACUGUUUGGCACCAGUUUUGUUGUAAAUUUCACACACCGUGAUACAAUAUUUUUAAUUUGUGUUUAUUAGGUAUGYUAAUAUUUUAUUGUAAAUAACAGGGAAGGCUUAAUGGCUUAACCCUUCUAACCCACUUAUACCAGCCAUUCCUGGUUGUACCGUCUCCUCUUCUGUUGCCUUUGCACAGAAAAUCUCUUUAAAUUUCCAAAUGAUUGUGUCCUCUCUGAUUUACUGCAAUAAACCUGUAAACAUGA